AUGCAAGACACUAAAACCCUUAUGGCAGCCGCAGCUUUGCCUGCCUCGGAUGAGAAACAGCGUGCUAUAGCUCACGAAAUACUAAAAUCUAAGCUUACAUCACCGGAGAAGUCCCUCGAUCGUGUAUUUGAUGAUGUAACAACUAUCACCGGUGCGGGAUUCGAGACAACUGCCAGCGAACUUCGAGCUGAAAUUGGGUCUAUGGAUGCGGACCCAAGCGAGGUUGAGUCAAAGACCCUCGAACAACUACCGUAUCUAACGUCUACAUUGAUGGAAGGCCUGCGAUUAAGUCCGGCCAUCGCCACACGUAUGGCAGGCAUUUCCCUAGAUAAGGAUCUCUUCUACGGUAACUGGCGGCUACCUGCCGGAACUCCUGUUUGA